AUGAGCAAACAAAAACCGACAAAAACUGCUGCUAGUGGAGCAACAACGAUGAUUACUACGACCAAUCAUGCUGCUGUUCUACCCCGACUUGUGCGUCGGGUAAUACAAAAUUUCUUGCUGGUAUGGCUUGAUGCCAAUUUUGAUGCAUCUAAUGAAGAUUUCAAAAAAUCACUGCAACAUCUUCGAAAAACUGUGGCAUCCAUCACAACAUUUACAGAUUCUCAAGAAGCCAUUGAUUUUCUCAGUGUAAUAAAAGAAGAAAAGGUAUUUAUGAUCGUAUCUGGUUCAUUGGGACAGCAAAUUAUACCAGAAAUUGAAGCAUGGCCACAAUUGGAAUCAAUUUAUGUGUUUUGUGGCAACCAAGCGGCUCAUGAACAAUGGGCCAGAAAAAUACGAAAAGUAAGAGGUGUACACACUAGCAUCGAACCGAUUUGUGAAGCAUUACAAGUCGAUCGUGAAAAUUGUGAUCGAGCUAUGGUUCCGAUCACUUUUAAUGGUAUUGAUGCUUUAUUUAUGUACACACCAUUGUUAAAAGAAGCAUUGUUGGAUAUCGAAGAUGACGACACAACAUCGAUUAAAGAACUUGCUGAAUACUGUCGUCUUCAAGAUGAUAUUGAUGAAGACGAAAUUAGGAUGGUCGAAAAAGAAUAUCAUCAGCAUACACCAAUAUGGUGGUUUACGGCACCAUUUUUUUUGUACCCAAUGCUCAAUUGUGGUCUUCGACUAAUGAACGUCGAUAUUAUACUCAAAUUGGGUUUUUUUAUUCGACAUUUACAUCAACAUAUUGACAAUUUAUAUCAAGAACAACAAUCCAAGACGAAGAUUACGGCAACAUUCAAAGUUUUCCGUGGACAAGGUUUGUCAGUUGACGUUUUCGAAAAAAUGAAACAAACCAAAGGUGGCCUAAUGUCUUUCAAUAAUUUUCUUUCAACAAAUGAGAAUCGCGAGGUGUCCCUUCAAUUUGCUCACGAAGGAGCGGCAAAAAAUUCUGAUACGGUUGGCAUUCUCUUUAUAAUGAACAUUGACCCGACCAUAUCUUCAAAAUCAUCAAUUCCUUACGUCGAUAUCAGCAAAGAAGGGUUCUACGAAGGUGAUGAACCAGAAAUACUUUUUACAUCGCAUACAAUAUUUCGUAUUGAUCAAAUUCAACAAAUACACGAUGAUCAUACUGAUCGCCUAUGGCAAGUUAAUCUCACUCUUGUGGGUAAUGACAAUCACGAAUUAGACAAAGUUACAUCACCCAUACGCAAAGAGCUCAGUUGGGCAACAGGAUGGUCGCAACUGGGUCAUAUACUUAUUCAACUUGAUGACCCUACAAAAGCAGAAAAGCUCUAUAAAAUCCUCCUCGAAAAGACAUCUUCUGAUGAAGAGAGAUCGAAUUAUAAUUAUCAACUUGGCGAGACUCGACAUCAACAUAUUCACAUGAUGAUAGAAGCAAAAAGUGAAGGUUGUUUCAUUAAAUGUUGUACAAAAACAGACAUAACGACAUGUUUAAGAUGUCGACAGAUGUUUUAUUGUGAUGAAAAUUAUGCACAACAUCGUUUGGAUCUCAGUCAACAGUUGGAACAGCUUAUAAUUGAGAAGAAUAAUGAUCCAUGUCAGACACAACAAUAUGUAUCAAUAGAAAAUGUCGACGAAUGGGAACGUUGCUUGUUCGUUAAAAUUCAACUAGUAGCAAAGCAAGUCAAACAAAUGUCAUUAUCUCAUGAUAUUUAA